AUGACUAAAGCCCAGAUAAGUGCUUUCUAUGCUUUCAUAAAGAAUGUCAAAUUCCCAGAUGGAUAUGCCUCCAACUUAGCAAGGUGUGUUAGUGUUGAUGAAUGCAAAUUACAAGCAUUGAAAACUCACGAUUGUCAUAUCCUUCUACAAAGGAUAUUACCAGCCGGUCUCCGAGGAAUCAUGCAUAAGGAAAUAUAUGAAGCAAUUGCUGAAUUAGGUAACUUUUUCAAGCAAAUUUGUGCGAAGAAAUUGAAGUUAGAUGUCUUGAACAGGAUGAGAGGUGAAAUCCCAAUAAUAUUGUGCAAGCUUGAGAAAAUUUUCCCGCCUGCCUUUUUUGAUGUGAUGGUGCACUUGUCCAUUCAUUUAAUCGAUGAUGCUAUCCUAAGAGGUCCAGUUCAAUACGGAUGGAUGUACCCUGUAGAACGUAGGUUGUUGACCUUGAAACAUUUUGUGAGGAACAUGGCAAGGCCUGAGGGCUCCAUUGCAGAGGCAUAUGUCGCAAAUGAGUGCUUGAAUGCUUGCUCAAGGUAUUUUGAUGAUGUUGACACUAGGCACAAUCGUGAGGGCAGGAACAUAGAGCGUGUUCCUAUGAGUACAUGUGGUUUAUCUAUUUUCCAGCAUGGAGCAAAUCUGUUGGGGGCACCGAGGCUUACAUAUGAUGAGAAGGAUUAUGACAGGAUGGUUUGGAUUUACAGGAAUGAGUUAGAGACUGCUGGCAAUCGUGAUGUUGGGGGGAACCUUGCUAAGGAAUUUCCAGGAUGGUUUAGGAAACAUCUUGCUACCCGAAGGCAACGGGAAUUGGAAGUUGAAGACGACCAUGAAAUGUACAAUGAUGUUGAUGAUACCUUAGGGCAGUAUGAUAGUGAAAAUGAAGGUACAAUUAUGAUCCCUGAUGAUGAUGGUGAGUAUAGUGAUGUCGAGUAA